CAGUCGUUACUAGUUAAAAUAUGACCAAUGGGCAAUGGCGUAAGAAUUGGAUAGAAAAACUAGGUGGGUGGUUUCAAACACCACCUGCAUAUAAUGCGGCGAGUCGACCAAACCUAAUACGCAUACGCUCGGUCGUGGUUACUAUGUGCCUUGAGUAACCUGUCUUCUUCUUCUUCCUCCUCUCUUUUUGAUCUUGAAGUAAACAGAAAGGAAUCAAGAUAUGAGGUUGAGCUGUAAUGGAUGCAGAGUUUUGAGAAAAGGGUGUAGUGAGAAUUGCAGUAUAAGAUCAUCUUUGGCUUGGAUCGAAUCACCUAAAUCUCAGGCCAACGCAACCGUGUUUCUCGCUAAGUUCUACGGCCGUACUGGUCUCGUCAACCUCAUCAACGCCGUUCCUAAUCAUCUUCGUCCUGCCAUAUUCCGAUCGCUGUUGCACGAAGCUUGUGGGAGAAUCGUGAAUCCGAUCUACGGUUCGGUUGGUUUACUGUGGUCUGGAAGUUGGCAGCUUUGUCAAGCACCUGUCGAUGCGGUUUUAAAAGGUGAAGCCAUCACGCCGAUCGCUACGGAUACGGCGGCGAACGGUCAAGGUCCGCCGAUAGAAGUCUACGACAUUCGUCAUAUCUCCUCCAAGGAAGAGAACUCCGGCGAAAAUGGCUCGAGCCAUCAUCGGAAACGUUACAAGACCCGACGGGCUAAACCUAAGCGGAAGGAGAAAUCUAUUACAGAUCACGAGUCGUCGUCGUCGUUGAGCCACCACCAGUCUGAAAGCAAUGGGAAAGAGACGGUUAAGUUUCCGGUCGAGCUAGAGUUGAAGCUGGGGAUUGAACCGGUUUUGAAUCACGUUGUUGUUGUUCCGGUUAAGAAGAGGAGGAUGGGUGUGUAAAGAACAAGACUGUAUCUUUAAAAGAUAGAUAGAAGUCAGUUACGAUAUAGACACAUGUCAAAAUUGUAUUGGAUUGUCAUGUGUUGUAACUUGUAAGAAGUACAUUGAGCGAGCGUACAUAUUAAUAAACUCAUUGGUCACUGAUUCUUUUUUAUA